AGAAGUCACAUGACUCCUUUGAUGGUUGCUUCUCAACAUGGCCAUGUCAGGGUUGUAGAGAAGCUGUUGUCUUGUGGAGCAGAGGUUAACAAUGUGGACAACAGGAGAUGGCCAGCAUUGUUCUAUGCAGCUGAAGGAGGCCACACUAGGGUUGUUGAAUUACUACUAGCAAACAGAGCAGAUGCUACCAAAUGUAGUAAUGAUGGGACAGCAGCAGACAUUGCUUACAGCAAAGAUCACCUCAAGUUGUCUGAGUUACUAGAAGCUGCUGCUAAUCCAGCCAAAUCAAAGACUGCUAAUGGCACCACCUCAGCUCUACCACCUAGUAAUCCCAUCAGAGCAGGAGGUGAUAUUUCACCAUCAACACCCGCCACAACUACAACUGCUCCUACAACAAACAGCAUCACCAACCACCAACCACCACCACCUAGCAAAGCAUCUACCAUGUCUAAUCAUCAGCCCUACCAUGUCCUAGAUGAUCUUGAACUUUUCCUGUAUGGCCUUAAGUUAGGUGACCUCAUACCUCUCUUUAAGGACCAUGAAGUCACAUUUCCUCAACUCCUUCAGAUCUCAGAGGAAGAUUUAGAGAAGAUUGGUGUGAGUCAAGUAGGGAAUCGAAAGAGAAUUGUAGAGUCGAUACAUGCAAUCCAUAGGAAAAAAUGGGAACCAAACAGUAUUAGGAAACCAUCCUUAGUUUUAAGUCUUCCAGAAACCCACUUAAUCCUUGACAAUGUCAACAAGCAUGUAGCAUACAUCAAGUCAAGUAUUGUUCACAUUAGAGACAACUUAGAUAGACACAACAGCUUAACAGAUCCUCGUCAAGACCCUGGAAGUCGAGACCUGGUAUCAACGGUCUGUACAGAAAUGCUAAAUAACACCAAUCUGUUACAUCAAGAACUGAGAUCACUCAAGAUACAAAUUAAUUCGGCCUGUGAUACUACCCCUGAUGUUGUACCUGCUGAUCUGAUUGAAGAUCCUGAUAAGCAACGCAUGUCUAUACAUAGGAAAACUUUAUUGGCGCUCAUGGCUGCAGGGGUGGUUGGAAGUGUAGCAUGGUAUUACAAAUCAAGAUAGUUCUUUCUUAGAACGUCAAGUAAAGCAAUGAUUUAUGGAUGUAAACCUCAUAAAUUGUAUUCUGCAGAAGAAUAUAAUUUAUUGUCUGCUAUAUAGGGUAAGUCAUUUGCCAUUUUGAUGUAAAUAUAUGGUCACAUCAGAAUCUUAAAAGAAAAACACCAGAUUUGGCUACUUCAGGAAUAUUGAUGAGUUUUUCGGAUGAAGUGUCAUUUGCUAUUGUAGCAAAAUCUGUAUUAAAGAAUACCAAGUUAUAAUAUUUUCAUGCCUUUUACAAGUCAUCCACAACAAAGUGCAUAAGAGGUGAAUAUCACUUUAAAACAUGUAUGUUGUAUAGUGCAGUAUACUUUGUAUUAAAUAAAAGCAUAUUUGUUAGUUAUUUUAUGUCAAGUGUUUAGCUUUUUCAUUGAUUUUUUUUGCCAGUGCCUUAAGGCAUAAAUGCUAUUGGUAAAAUAGUAUAUCAUGCUUUUCUUGCCAAACAGUAUCCUCAGUGCUGAAGCAUUCAUAUCAUUUUUCAUGUUAUUCUUAUCCAUCUUAUGGCAAUAUUAUUACUGAUGGCAGACCAUUGCUCACCAGGUUCUAUUCACGCUCUAAACAAAUGCAUAUCAUAAAAUGGAUGUAUGCAUUCUAAUAAAAUGUUUGGCUGAGAGCCGAUCAUGUGACAUGCGUCAUUUCUACUUUUACAUGGACCGCGCAUUUUUGUCUCGCCUGCAUAGCAGAGCGAGACUAUAGGCGCCGCUUUUCCGACGGCGGCGGCGGCGUCACAUCAAAUCUUAACCUAAGGUUAAGUUUUUGAAAUGACAUCAUAACUUAGAAAGUAUAUGGACCUAGUUCAUGAAACUUGGACAUAAGGUUAAUCAAGUAUUACUGAACAUCCUGCUUGAGUUUCAGGUCACAUGACUAAGGUCAAAGGUCAUUUAGGGUCAAUGAACUUAGACCAUGUUGGGAGAAUUAUUUUCAAAAUCUUAACCGAAGGUUUAGUUUUUGAAAUGACAUCAUAACUUAGAAAGUAUAUGGACCUAGUUCAUGAAACUUGAACAUAAGUUUAAUCAAGUAUUACUUAACAUCCUGCUUGAGUUUCAGGUCACAUGACCAAGGUCAAAGGUCAUUUAGGGUCAAUGAACUUUGGUCAAGUUGGGGGUAUUUGUUGAAUUACUAUCAUAACUUUGAAAAUUUAUGGAUCUAGUUCAUGAAACUUGGACAUAAGGUUAAUCAAGUAUUAGUGAACAUCCUGCCUGAGUUUCAGGUCACAUGGCCAAGGUCAAAGGUCAUUUAGGGUCAAUGAACUUAGACCAUGUUGGGAGAAUUAUUUUCAAAAUCUUAACCGAAGGUUUAGUUUUUGAAAUGACAUCAUAACUUAGAAAGUAUAUGGACCUAGUUCAUGAAACUUGGACAUUAGGUUAAUCAAGUACCACUGAAUAUCCUGUGCAAGUUACAGGUCACAUGACCAUGGUCAAUGGUCAUUUAAGGUCAAUGAACUUUAGCCGUGUUGGGAGUCUUUGUUAAAUUACCAUCCUAACUCUGAAGGUUUAUGGAUCUAGUUCAUAAAACUUGGACAUAAGAGUAAUUGAGUAUCACUGAACAUCUUGUACGAGUUUCAGGUCACAUGACCAUGGUCAAAGGUCAUUUAAGGUCAAUGAACAUUGGCCGUGUUGGGGGUAUUUGUUGAAUUACCAUCCUAACUCUGAAGUUUAUGGAUCUAUUUCAUAAAACUUGGGAUAUAAGAGUAAUUAAGUAUCACUAAACAUCCCCUGUGAGUAUCAGGUCACAAAACCAAGGUCAAAGGUCAGUUAAGGUCAAUAAACUUAGGCCAUGUUGGGGUAAUUGUUGAAUUGCCAUCAUAACUUUGAAAGUUUAUGGAUAGAGUGAAUGAAAUGUGGACAUGGGUGUAUUUGACCAUAUGAAUGGUGUUUUUGUGAAUGAUUAUUUUAUAGUAGUUUUCAAAGUUAGCACUGCUGCUAUAUUAAAUUGCGUAAUGCAGGCGAGACUGCCAGAGGCGUUCCGCUUGUUUCUAACAAUCGUUCAUUAGGAAAGUUGAUUUGCCCGCAUAUUGGCAAGCCUAUAUGUGCUGUAUUGGACUGACCGGCUAAGCUGCGCGCGCGUGCUGCUCUACUCAUCAAGGGUGUGAUUUCUUAUCUGACAUUUCAUUGACAUACUGUUUGAUAUAUCUUAUUCAUGGUAUUGUACAUUUAUUUCAGAAGAAUGGCAACUGCUCAAAAUUUUAGUGGAUGCAUUGUGAACAUCAAGAACAUCAAUUUUAUAAAACUCAAAUGUUUCCUGCAUUUUUGUUUGAAAGAGUAGACUUUAAAGUUAGAAUAGUUUUGUCAAUCUAGCAUGAGUUUAGAUCUAGAAUCAUGUUCAUUAUUUAACGACAAGAUCCCUACAUCUCAUUUUU